AACAAAGAGCAAGUUGUUUCAAAAAAAAUGAACUAGUUAAGACUCUUACCUUGUGCUCUGAUAUCACUCUCUCUUCUUCCUUCCCUUCUCAUUCCCUAAAAACAUGCCAACAUUUCUGUCUCUCAUCUCUCUCGAUCCCUAAUAAUACCUGUGAAUUAUCAACCUACCACACUCGGCGCAUGAUAUGGAGGCUCCGUCUUUUGUAUCAAAAGCAAGGACAGCCUUCCAUUCAGCUGCUGCUAAAGCGGAGCGGGUUUUCACAGAUAUUAAAUCCGACUUUAUAUCCGAUCGAGCAGAUUCUGAUAAGCAAUCGCCGAGGGAAUCAAGAAAGCAUUUAGAAGACGAGAGUGUUAAAAAUGAAGGCGAGUCAAAGAGUAACAAUGAAGGGAGGCAUCUGAAAUGGAGACCUUCAAAUAUAGUAACAAAGCAGGAGUGGCAAGAUAGGUUCAAGAACAUAAGAAUAGGAAAGAGAGGAGGAGCUGAAAAUCAGUCAGAGAGAGUUGAAAAUCCAACAAUGGCUGCUCCAUUCUAUGAUGAAAAUCUUUAUUUAUUGAACAUGAAAAAUGAUGCUGAGGCAAAGGGUUCACAAGUGUCCUUCAUAGCUGAAAGAUUAUAUGCCACCAAUCCAGAUAACAUUCCUUCAACAUCUGUCAUGAAGCAGUUGGCUAUAGCCAUUGAUGCUGGAAAGAAGCACAAGUCAUUGAAAGAUCUUUUGGCAUCGUCUGGAAGCUCUUCACCUAUAUUGGAGAGGGCGAGCUUGAGCCUUGCUGCGAUGAAGUCAUUAGUGCUUCGUGACAAGGAGGAUAAGCUUGCAUCUGAGUUUGGUGGCGAUGAUGAGAAAGUUUUGUCCUUGAUACAUUCUCUAUUUGAUGCAGAGGGAAAGUUUCUCAGAAGGAACAUCAACUACGGUUUGGAAGCAUCAUCUUUGCCUAGAGAUAUUCAUGGUUCUCCUCCUGAAAGCUUGCUUGUUAAGAUAUCUGAAGUAAUUGGAAGCUUUAAAACCCUGCGGAAAAUGGCAUUGUUAUGGUGCAAAAUUGUGGCUGAACUGAGACGACUUUGGUCUGAAGAGCUACAUAUACCCGGCAUUCCUUUGGAUGAUCUUCCAGAUCUAAACUCCUGUCUAUUAUACCAGCAGUUUCAGGUUAUCAAUUGCUGUGUAUCAAGGAAACAGCGUCACAUUCUUGCUACUGAAUCACUAGAAUCAGUAAUGAGGGAUGCCAGUUCAGUUUCUAAAGAGCCAGCUAUCUCUAAAGAGAAUGUCAGUUCAAGUGGUAUCUUGUAUGCUAGAUUAUGCAAUGGGGAACUUGUCCUUCGAUUGGGUGCUGAUCACCAAGCUGACAAUUUAACCAUGUUGGGAACUGGUGAACCGAUAUACUCUCCAAUUACACAGGAAGGGCCUUUGCUUACUGAAGAUCUCAUCAAAGAAAAUGAGGAGUUUGUGCUCCGUACUGGGAGUGUUGGUGCUGGAUGUUCUCAACUCCUAUCUGACAUGCAGGCUUUCAAGGCUGCAAAUCCUGGUUGUAUACUGGAAGACUUUGUAAGAUGGCACUCUCCACCGGACUGGACAGAAAGUGGUGAGGUUAAUGAAUUUUUUGAUGGAAGCGAUUCAUCUUCUACAAGAGGUCAGCUAAGCAGUCGAAUGCAAAAGGAAGGUAAUUUGUGGCGGGAACUGUGGGAAACAUCCAAAGCAGUACCGGCAGUUAAACAGGCUCCCCUAUAUGAUGAGGACUUGGCGGUCGAAGGUAUUCUACACGACUUAGAGGACCUUCCCCCUUCUGAGCUGUUUGAACAACUGUUUAUUUCCUUGCUCGGUUUAGGAUUUGUAAUGGCGGAGGCUAAACUGUCUGGCAGCAGUGAUGCAUCAAAGCUAUUUAGUGAGUGCAAAGACUACAUUGUCUUAACUUGUCAAGGAAACAGCUGGAGUGAGAAAGUGGAUGAUAUCUGCCAGGUAUAUGAAACGGUGGAGAAAAUACUACUGAAUCCAGAAGAAGUCCUAAGGGCAGAAGAAACCACGACGACGGCCGGUGAACCCAGACGUCUGUUCAAGAAGCUUGGCCUGAACUUUGGCAGCAAAGACAGGAACCUGAGAAAACCAUCAUCAAGAGAUGAUAACUCAGAGAUGUCACCUGGCCAACCAUUUUCUAACUUCUUUGAUGGUAAAUCAUCCUUGUUUUCAAAGAAGCCUCCCAGGCCUGAGACUCCAUCCCUAGGUGACAAAACUUCGUGUCCAGAUGAUAAUGAGUGGACACUUGUUUAAACAUAAUACAUAUUCUUUUUUUCUUUUCUUUUUCUUUUCUUUUUUUUCUCUCCGCUCUCCUCUCUUUUGUGGUGAAGCUGUAUCUUGCAGGAAAUUGUAAAAUUAUUUUGGAAUACAUUCCAUUUCUAAUCUCAAAAGAAAAUAGAGAAAUGAAAAUAUAGCAUUUUGUCUUGAUAAA